GCUUUACCCUAUCGAUGAACUCUCAGACGUCGACCCCAACCCUGCGCCCUCUUCCUCCCCGCUUCGCCAAAAAAAUCUCCCCUCUUCCUUUUGAAACCCUCGCCCUUGAUCUCUCCUCCGCCAAUCUAUCUCAAUCGAAGCCGGAAUUCUCCCAAUCUCCCCUGACCUCCGGCCGCCGAUCGCCGAUCCGGCCUCUCCAUCCGAGUCACGCCAUCCCGAGAUUCCCCUCUCACUGGGCGUUUCUCUUUGAGGCGAUCGAGCUACGGUUUCGAGGAACAGGUGUGGAAUCUAGGGUUUUGACGGGAUGGGAUUGGAUGGGUGAAGGAUGCCGGAGCUCCGCAGCGGAGUGCGCAGGGGCCGGGCACAGCCGAAUCCGAUAGUCCAGGCCGAGCAACCGGCAGCCGGCAGGAGAAGGAGGGCAGCGAGGAACAAGCAGCAGGCGGCGGGUGAUGAGAACGUGGUGACGAGGUCCGCCGAGCGGAAGGAGGAGAUCAGGUUUCUCGAGGGCGGAGGGGAGAUCGGGGAGGAUAAGAAGGAAGGGGUUGGGGAGAGGAGGAUGGAUGAGUUUGACAGUGGUGGCAGGAGCGCCGAUAAGCUCGCUGGCGGGGAGGAUGAGGGGAGCACCGCGCCGGUUCCAGAAAAGGUCCAGAUUGGCAAUUCACCGGUGUAUCGAAUUGAAAGGAAGCUUGGGAAAGGAGGCUUUGGACAAGUAUAUGUUGGUCGCCGUAUAUCUGCUACCAAUGCAAAUGAUCGGACUACUGGUCCUAAUGCUGUAGAGGUGGCAUUGAAAUUUGAGCACCGGAGCAGCAAAGGAUGUAACUAUGGACCCCCUUAUGAAUGGCAGGUCUACAACAUUCUUGGUGGCAUUCAUGGUGUGCCUCAAGUCCAUUACAAAGGCCGCCAAGGUGACUAUUAUGUCAUGGUCAUGGAUAUGCUGGGUCCAAGUCUAUGGGAUGUUUGGAAUAAUAAUUCUCACACAAUGUCUAUUGAAAUGGUUGCAUGUAUUGCUAUUGAAGCAAUCUCCAUAUUGGAGAAGAUGCAUUCUAAAGGUUAUGUGCAUGGAGAUGUGAAGCCUGAGAAUUUUUUACUUGGCCCUCCUGGAACUCCUGAUGAGAAGAAACUUUUUCUUGUUGAUCUUGGAUUAGCCACUAGGUGGAAGGACACUGCUACGGGUCAGCAUGUUGAGUAUGACCAAAGGCCAGAUGUUUUCAGGGGAACAGUGCGCUAUGCUAGUGUGCAUGCUCACCUGGGAAGAACUGGGAGCAGGAGAGAUGAUUUAGAAUCCCUUGCUUACACCCUCAUUUUUCUCCUCCGUGGCCGUCUACCUUGGCAGGGAUACCAGGGCGAGAAUAAGGGCUUCCUUGUUUGCAAGAAAAAGAUGGCUACUUCUCCAGAGUCUUUGUGUUGCUUUUGCCCACAACCAUUUAAACAGUUUGUUGAGUAUGUUGUCAACUUAAAGUUUGAUGAAGAACCCAAUUAUGCAAAGUGCAUCUCCCUUUUUGAUGGCAUAGUAGGUCCGAAUCCAGAUAUUAGGCCGAUCAACACAGAUGGUGCUCAGAAGCUUAUAUACCAGGUUGGUCAAAAGAGAGGCCGGCUGAUGAUCGAAGAUGAGGAUGAAGAGCAACCAAAGAAGAAGGUCCGAAUGGGGAUGCCCGCAACACAAUGGGUUAGUGUCUACAAUGCUAGGCGUCCCAUGAAGCAAAGGUAUCACUACAAUGUUGCAGAUGCAAGACUCGCACAACAUAUUGAGAAAGGAAAUGAAGAUGGAUUAUUCAUUAGCUCGGUUGCUUCUUGCACAAAUCUGUGGGCCCUGAUUAUGGAUGCCGGCACUGGUUAUACCGCUCAAGUUUAUGAACUCUCACCAUGUUUUCUUCACAAAGAAUGGAUAAUGGAACAGUGGGAGAAAAAUUAUUAUAUUAGUGCACUGGCGGGGGCAAAUAACGGAAGUUCUUUGGUUGUGAUGUCAAAAGGUACACAGUAUGCACAGCAGUCCUACAAAGUAAGCGAUUCAUUUCCAUUUAAGUGGAUAAACAAAAAAUGGAAGGAGGGAUUCUAUGUAACCGCCAUGGCCACUGCAGGUAGCAGAUGGGCAGUUGUCAUGUCUCGAAAUGCUGGUUUUUCAGAUCAGGUUGUGGAGCUUGAUUUCUUAUACCCCAGCGAAGGUAUUCAUCGGAGGUGGGAUAGUGGUUAUCGUAUAACGGCAACUGCUGCAACAUGGGAUCAGGCAGCUUUUGUUCUUAGUGUACCCAGACGGAAGCCUGCAGAUGAAACACAAGAGACUCUCAGAACCUCAGCCUUUCCUAGUCAACAUGUGAAGGAAAAAUGGUCAAAAAAUCUCUAUAUUGCAUCCAUAUGCUAUGGCAGAACGGUAUCAUGAAGUUCCAUUUUCUAGCCAUGACAAUGGAGAAUUCACUUACUGAUACAACAGCAAUCUCAUACAUUUUCUUGUCCUGGAGAUGAGUGCCUUUGGGCUAGAGAAUUUUGAUGUGCAAGCUUUUCUUAAUUGUAACCCAUCUGACAUGUCAGCUGCAACUUAAAGGUGGUGCAGUAUCACUAGGAAAUACUGGAGAUGUGCUUGCAUGAGCUAUUCAAAAAUGGAUUGCAAGCAUCCAUAUUUAAUGUAUGUUUGUAUAGUGAAUUAACAUGACAGGUGACAAAUGUAUGGAUCUUAAUGCUUUAGAAAGUCAUGCCAAUGUGAUAUUGACCUGCAUUUUAUCUAAGGCACUGGUACAAUUUCUUUUUACAUUUUGCAUCUAUUGUUAGUGCACAAGGUUUAUUUUGGCCAUUUAUUCAAUUACUGGCUGGAUUGAGGCAAGCCUUGACAA